AUAGGCCUGCGGGGGCUGUUGAAUUGUUUCUUCGCAUUUUGGGUUUGGAGAUGGGUGGGGAGGCCAGGAGAAGUUCCAGAAGCUCAGGAUGGGUGGGGUAGAUUCCAAGGCCUGUCCGCUGCUACUGGUUUACGGGCCCACCCACCAACUAGGACACUGGAAGCCCCCCACUCCCAGUGUGGUUAAUGGCACAAAGGUACAGAGUCUGUAAAAGACCACCCACCUCCGAGGCUCACCUGGCUACCGCAGUGGAUUGCUAGCACGCCAUGGGGUAGACUCAUUGGUUAUGCAGCAGUUACUGUUGGAGACCUGGGGGGCCUUUCUGAGUCUCUUCGUCUUCAGGAGAAAUCUCUCCUCCUUCCAAAGCUGGAGCCUCAGCCUGCAGGAAGUGGGUCUCGGUAGAUUUAGUACUGUAGGGUCCAGAUGGGCCCUUGGACUGAGUGGCCCGUCUUCCAUUCAGGCCUUCUCUGAAUUCCCAAGUAAGAAAAAGACUAGCCUUAGGUCCCCUGGAUCAGCCUGCCCUGUGACCUUGCUGAGCCCAUUAAGGUAGCCUUUCACUUAGCGCCUGGCCAGGAAAGGGCUGGCCAUUGGCCCUGGAGCAGAGUGGGAGCCUGGUCAGGAGUCCUCCCGUCUUGGGACCUUGGGAUGUUGGUUUUUGCAGAAGUGUAUGAGUGAGCUUUUCACUGGUCUCUAGGGAUGCUUCAGCCUGAGCUAGGGGCACAGGGCAUGCAGCUUUACUCUUAACAGCCCUGGGAUCAGCCCAGGUCUUUGAGAUAGGGUGAUUUCUAUCCUGAGCGCUAUUGGGGCCAGCUCAGUCACCUCCACCUGCUAGACACAGGGGAACUGUUCCAGCCCUGGUGUGAAUCAGGAUGGUGUAAGCUAGUAAUGGGGACAGGCCGCCCCAGAGACUUCUGGCCGCAGAUCUUAGGAUAUCCUAUCCCCGUGCAGAAUUCCUGCUUGUCUCAGAAAAGCUGUCUUUCACUCCGUCAGCUCAGUGCUGUGUAUGUGUGACUUGCCUUCACCAAGCGGCAGCAUAGCCAGCCGUGCCUGGGAGAGCCAUGCUUUACAACGUCAGCCACAACAAAGGUGUGCACUAUGCAGAUACAGCCCUGAAGGGGCAGGAUGGGGACAGGGAAAGAGUGUGGGUAGGAGUCGAAGGAGCCCUGGCUCCCAAUACCUCCUCCCUAUUUCCCCCUGAGCCUCCAGGGGCUUCAAGCAACAUCAUUCCUGUCUACUGUGCUCUCCUAGCUACUGUGGUCCUUGGUCUGCUGGCCUAUGUGGCCUUCAAAUGUUGGCGCUCACAUAGACAAAGACAACAAUUGGCCAAAGCUCGGACUGUAGAGCUAGGGGACCCUGACAGGGACCAGCGACAUGGUGACAGCAGUGUCUUCGUGGACUCUCCUCACUGUCUGGAGCCCUGUAUCCCCAGCCAAGGAUCACAUCCUGACCUUGGUUGCCGACUUUACCUGCAUAUUCCGCAGCAGCAGCAGCAGGAGGUCGAGCGACUCUUGAUGUUGGGUGAACCUUCCAAAGGCUGGCAGGGGCUGGCAGGCCGCCUAGGCUACCAAGCUGAGGCUGUAGAAGCCAUGGCCUGUGGCCAGUCACCAGCCUAUACCCUGCUAAGGGACUGGGCUGCCCAAGAAGGUAGCAGAGCUACCCUCAGAGUGCUAGAGGAUGCCCUGGUUACCAUAGGCCGGGAAGAUGUGGUCCAGAUUUUGGGCUCACCAGCUGAAGGCUGCUCUGUGGUUUGAGUGACACUCCCCAGGGCUGCCUGCACUGGCACUACUUACCAUUCUCACUGCCUCAGGUUCCCUUCAUGGACUUCCUAGUACUUCUGGCUUUAGAAGUUCUGCAGAACACAGAAGAUCCAGCCACUCCAUAUCCCUUCACCCUCCUCUCCAAGACAGGAAACAGAAUAUGGGGGGAUGGGUAAGAGUAGGGCAUGGCUCUACCCACAGAUUCCCCCAUUCUGCCUCCCUUUAUGUAGCUCCAGCUAUUUUUUCUAUUUUUUUUAAAUCACAUAUUAAAGGCAACUUAGACUUGUA